UAAAACUAAUUAUUACAUAAGUUGGAGUAAUUAUAUUGAAAAAGUGAGAUGACCAUACAGCAAUGGGCUAAUAAAGGAACGUGGAAUAAAAAUCGAUCGAAUAGUAUCAGAAAUGAUCGACUUUCCUUUAUCAUGAUAAUUGUGAUUUUUUAUGGAGUUAUUUUGUUUGAGUCAUCGGCACAAACUUUUCGUCAGUUUAAAACAGACUAUCUUCAAGAUUGGCCAAUUCCAGACACUGGCCCGUAUUUUGACACUACGGCGUCUAUAAAUGUAACGGGGCUUGUGGGAAAAACCGUACAUUUAAUCUGUAAAGUAAAAAACCUUGGUAAUCGAACGGUAUCAUGGGUACGACAUCGUGACAUUCACUUGUUAACGGUAGGUCGCUACACUUAUACUAGCGACCAACGUUUUGAAGCACUUCAUGCUCCACAUAGUGAAGAAUGGACUCUGAGAGUACGUUAUCCCCAGCGCAAGGAUACAGGAAUCUACGAAUGUCAGAUAUCUACUACUCCGCCAAUUGGUCAUUCGGUUCACUUGAUUGUUGUUGAACCAAUUACCGAGAUUGCCGGUGGCACGGAUCUGUUUAUUAAUAAAGGCAGUACCAUCAAUUUGACCUGCUUGGUAAAGAAUGCACCUGAACCUCCAAUAGCUAUGAUAUGGAGUCAUAAUAGAGAGGCAAUUAAUUUUGACUCACCAAGAGGCGGCAUUAGUCUAAUAACUGAAAAAGGGCCAGUAACAUCAAGUCGCUUACUAAUUCAAAAGGCCAUUCAGAAGGACUCGGGCUUAUAUACAUGUACACCCAGCAAUGCCCAUCCUAACAGCGUCAGGGUACAUAUAUUAAACGAAGAACACCCAGCAGCCAUGCAUCGUGGGUCUGGUGACAAAAUGGCUAGCAGGCUCCUGCCCACGGUCCUUAUACUUUGGACGAUAUUCUAGCCGAUAGAACAUGAUUAUCAUCAUUACAGCUUUAAGUAACUCAGGAAAGCUGCGAUAUGACAAGCAAAAAUAGAAGAGGAAAUAUUUAACAGGAGAUUUUGCAGCUCAUACACCCACUGCGUAGUUUUGUACCCAUAAGGUUAUACGAUAUUUAUAACUUUUUUAUAUCGGUAUAAAUAUUCCUGUGAUUUUAUAAACAUAAGUUUG